AUGGACGCUGACGGCAAGACUAAGAAGCGUGGCCUGUUUGGUUUGGGCAAAAAGAAGUUCGACAACGACCAGUCUCAGACGACGACUCAAGACAACACAAGCGCUGGGCCAACGUCAACUCCGCAGGAACUGCCUGGCUUCUCUGGUCGACAGCCUGCACCCGCGCCCGUCAACGUUGGGAGUGCCUCACAAAUGACACCAUCGUCUCCCGGCCGUGUUGGCCACCCCUCGUCCCCGCGCUUAAGCUCACCGGCUGGCUCCCAGAUCUUCGAGCGCAACGUACAAGAUAGCGCCGUUCUUCCUAGCUUGGCUGCGAUCCCAGCCCACAUCCAGACCGAGAAUCACAUCCCGCCCGUACUUGAUGCCUCGUCUGAAGCGAUCACUGACGACCAUCUCAAUCCCGAUACUGUUGAGAUCGUGACGCACACGCACCACCAGCCUGCAGCAGCCGCGGUGACUGGCGCAAGCAUGCCACCAUCCCAAGACAGUCUCGCCCAGCCAUGGGCAGAAGACCUUGCCGCAUUCUCUUCGGACAAGGAAGAACUUGCGUCCAAUUACGGCUCGUUGGAUUCGAGCGAUGUUCGUCGCUUGAGCUUCAUCUCCUUUGCCGACGUUGUCCAAGCCGAGCACGGUGGCCUGGGAGGCAUGCCUGGCAACAGAGAGUCCGUACACUUGGGGGGUUUGACAUCGCUGGCUUCUCUUGGGGCAAACCGGUCUCCUUCGCCGAUACGCUCACCCGUGUCUUCGCAGGGGCCCGAGACGUCCCCCCCAAACAGCAAGACCGGGUCAAUCAAGGGGUUCAACAUGUCGCCAAUGCGACAACCUUUGGGAAGCCCCAUCUCUCCUGAGCACAGCAUUGGUGGGGGAGACCUGAACAUUGAGACCAUGUCACAAGCCCUGCGGCGCACGGGUAGCACGGAUCUGAGCCAGGCUCGGGGCAGCAUACCAGUUAGCCCUCUAGAAAGUCCUUCGCGCUAG